ACUUGCAGAGUCUCAGUUUCUUGUGGCAUACCACGAGUUACAGAUAUCCAGAGAACAGAAGAAUAGUGAAAAUGUACUUGCGGGUGAAUGUGCUUACAAUUUUUGUUUUGAUCUAUACGUUUGCAAGAGUAGAACCUCGUUUAUUUGAGAACACAUUCGACAACGGACUACAUAACUUACAAAAACAACUAGCGAGUCAUUUCCGCAUAACAAACUACAGAGAGAUGGAAAUGGAAAAAUUCAAAGAAGUCUUGGAUAAUUUAAACAUUUUAGGUCGAUUGAAACAACUUUUUGACCCGGAUAGGGCGCUAUGUGGAAUUUGCCAAUUAUUAAUAACUCAAAUACAGAGGAGAACGUUAACUAUCAGAAACGUGGGAGAAGCUCUUUGUAAUAUUUACAUUACCCUAUCCACGUGGACGGUAUCCAACUUCUGUGCAAACAUUAUUAAUAAAAAUAUGCCCGUUUUAGAAUAUAUUGUGAAUAAUAGUAAAAUAUUGGAUCCAGAGUUCGGAUGCAGUGUCAUUUUGCAAAAUAAAAAGUGCUAUUACCCAAAACCAGCUUUAAAAUGGAAAAUUUCGGUACCUCCGAUUUCACAGAAAAAAAUUCCUCAAGGUUGUAGUAAUAGCUUGGAACAAUGGUAUCGUGAUCACUACAUCACUUUCCUGGGAGUGGGUCUAGUAAUCGUUCUGGUAGAGUUCGGCGUCCUUCUCACCACCAUAUUAACCUGCACGAGACUGUAUCACCACAAUCAAGAAAUCAAGGAGAACCACAUGAAUACCCAACAGGAACCUGAAAGUCCCCCCUCCACCAGAGAAACGAGUUUCAGAAGACCAACCGACUCUGAUGUUGGUGCAUACAGCAACGAAACAUAUGCGCUUCCGGGAAAUUUCAAACAUAAUUACAAGUUAAUGAAUAGAGCAUGA